CCGCGCACGAGGUGUUCGAGGAAAUGGCAAACCCAACCUCGUUCAUGGACCUCCUUCAAGACGCGGAGGUGGACCUCGGGGCUCCGCCUCUAGAACCCUUUGGUGAGGAGGUUGGAGAAGAUGAGGAGGAUGUAGGGGAUGAUGAGGAGGAGGUGGCCGAGAUAGGGGAGGAGGCAUUCACCGCCGCUUCCCGCCCACACGCGCGGUCGACAAACUACACCGAAGCGGAAGAUAUCCUCUUGGUUCGUGCUUGGGCAUCUGUGGGGAUGGAUGCAACCACCGGCACCGAUCAAACCGGUAAAAGGUAUUGGCACAGGAUCGAGGACAACUAUUGUAGGAUCAAGCCGAAGAAUUGUGGGUUCCUCUCUCGCAGUUACCGGUCGCUUCAAGGCCGGUGGGAUUUGAUGAAGCCCGCUUGUGCUCGUUGGAGUGCGGCCAUGGACCAAGUGAGGGAUGCACCACCUAGUGGAACCGUGGAGAGUGACUAUGAGACAAUUGCCGGCAUGAGGUACAAGGAGAUGGCCGCUUCCAAGGGCAAGCCAUUCCCAUUUAAGCAUGCUUGGGCAAUUCUUCAAACCUUUGACAAGUGGAAGUUGAGGGAUCAAGAGACCGCACCCAAGAAGUCCAAAACUGUCGCCGGUCUGACUGCUGGAGUGAUCCUCACAUCCCCUACCAUUGAUAAUGUUCGGUACGUGCUACAGAUCAUGUAUGCCAACUCGAAUAACACAACAGAGUACGAGGCACUACUACAUGGUCUUCGGAUGGCGGUCUCAAUGGGCAUACACCGGCUCGAGAUCGCAGCUUAUAGAAAUGUUGUUCUCAAGAUAUUAGCACAAUUAGAGGGGUUGGAGUUCCACCACGUCUCAAGAGAUAACAACCAACCGCAGACAUUCUCGCCCGCCUAG